GGCGUCUUCCGGGCCCGGCUGCCGGACGUGGGGGUGGGAGAGAUGUUCCGGGCCGCCAUCAUGAUGGCUGCCAGCCUGGCCUUAACCUCCGCCGUGGUGGCUCACGCCUAUUACCUGAAGCACCAGUUCUACCCCACCGUGGUGUACCUGACCAAGUCUAGUCCCAGCAUGGCGGUGCUGUACAUUCAGGCUUUUGUCCUGGUGUUCCUGCUAGGCAAAUUCAUGGGCAAAGUGUUUUUUGGACAGCUCCGAGCGGCGGAAAUGGAGCAUCUGCUUGAGCGGUCAUGGUACGCCGUGACGGAGACCUGCCUAGCCUUCACCGUCUUCAGGGAUGACUUCAGCCCUCGUUUCGUGGGUCUCUUCACCCUCCUCCUCUUCCUUAAGUGCUUCCACUGGCUGGCUGAGGAUCGGGUGGACUUUAUGGAGAGAAGUCCCAACAUUUCCUGGCUUUUCCAUUUCCGCAUUGUCUCUCUGAUAGUGCUUCUGGCCAUCCUAGAUUUCCUGUUCGUCAGCCACGCCUACCACAGCAUCCUGACCCGGGGGGCCUCCGUCCAGCUGGUCUUUGGCUUUGAGUACGCCAUCCUCAUGACGAUGGUGCUGACCGUCUUCAUCAAGUACCUCCUGCACUCUGUAGAUCUCCAGAGCGAGAACCCCUGGGACAACAAGGCCGUCUUCAUGCUCUAUACAGAACUCUUCACAGGUUUCAUCAAGGUCCUCCUCUACGUGGCCUUUAUGACCAUCAUGAUCAAAGUACACACCUUCCCGCUUUUCGCCAUCCGGCCCAUGUACCUGGCGAUGAGGCAGUUCAAAAAAGCAGUCACGGAUGCCAUCAUGUCCCGCCGGGCGAUCCGCAACAUGAACACACUGUAUCCCGAUGCCACUCCGGAAGAGCUGCAGGCCAUGGAUAACGUUUGCAUCAUCUGCCGGGAGGAAAUGGUGACGGGUGCGAAACGUCUGCCGUGCAACCAUAUAUUCCACACUAGCUGCCUCCGAUCCUGGUUCCAGCGCCAGCAGACCUGUCCCACGUGCCGGAUGGACGUCCUCCGCGCCUCCCUGCCCACGCAGUCGCAGCCGCCCCCCGAGCAGCAGGAGGGAGGGCCGCAUCCGCCACCGCACCAGGCCCCGCUGAUCCCCCAGCCGCCGAACUUCCCCCAAGGCCUCCUGCCUCCGUUUCCUCCUGGGAUGUUCCCUCUUUGGCCCCCCAUGGCUCCCUUCCCGCCAGUGCCAGGGGCCCAGCCCCCGAAUAAUACCGACGGUGCCUCUGUCGCUGCUUCCUCCCCACCCGGAGCCCAACUGGCAGGUGCCACCAGGCCCAGCGGGGACUCGGCAUCCACGUCGGACACUGCAGCCUCCACAGGGACUGUUCCGGGGUUCCCCUUCCCUCCCCCUUGGAUGGGCAUGCCUUUCCCCCCUCUCUUUGGCUUCCCUCCGAUGCCGGUUCCACCUUCCGGAUUUGCAGGGCUGACAGAGGAGGAGCUGCGGGCCAUGGAAGGCCACGAACGGCAACACCUGGAAGCCCGGCUGCAGUGCCUCCAAAACAUUCACACCCUCCUGGAUGCAGCGAUGCUGCAAAUCAACCAGUAUCUCACCGUGCUGGCGACGAUUGGGACUCCUCGAGCCACCCCAACGCCCCCCAGUGCUUCAGCCACUUCGGCGCCCUCUCCCGAGACGCCUGGCCCUGAGUCAAAUUCCAGUGAACCCGCCCCCUCGGCCUCCCAGCCUGCUGACAGCACCUCUUCACCAGAUACGUCUCCAGAGGCAGACAGAGCAGGGGACCCAGCACAGCCAUCCAGCCCCAUCCAGGACGGGGACCCCUCCUCAGAAGAGCCCAAUGCAGCCGAGCUGCGCAGACGCCGACUUCAAAAACUAGAACUCCCUUCUUCCUCUCACUGAGACCCCGGUGAGCCGUGCUCCCUGCCUGGGGUUACUGGCCUAAUGGAUUUCUUUCCCUCCCCCGUCCCCUGCACAAAAUGGAAAAUCGCAGCAAGAAGAACCAAGCCCGCCUCCUUGUGGCAGCAGAGCGCAGAGGGGCAAAAGGAAGACGACUUGGCUGUCUUAACUGGGGCCACCAAGCGCUGACGUGACCAGAGGCGAUGGGGGGCUGCAGUUCUGCAGGACCGUGGCAGGGACAGUGGGCAGGACGCCUAGGCCUGUACCUUUAAGAGGAAUUAGCUGGAUCUUCGGCAAUGCAGACCAGGCAGGCCUGCCUGGUUGCACCAGGAUAGCGCUGCGGCUUGUUUCGAAUCUCUCGUGUCUGUGCCUCGGCUGGAGCGCUGGCCCACAAAAAGCAGGGGAGGGCAGAGUCUCUGCCUCUCAUUUGGGAGGGAGGAAUGUGCUGUUUAAAAGUGGAGACCGAUCCUAGCUUUGAGAGCUUCCUUGCCAAUUAAGCAGAGGUAGAGUUUCCCCCACACCACGUUUUUGUUAUUUGGUCUCCCCUCCUAGGCUGGACGUAUAAGGUUUUUGACUGCUCCUUCCUAAGGAAAGCAGCAAUGUCCUUUGGCAGGGAUAACAAGCUGAAAGAGGAGCUUCUGUUUUUGGAGGGGGAAUUGCCCAGCGGAUGUCUCUCGAUCGCUUCCGCCCCACAAAGCCUUAGUCCUGUUCUCUUCCAUUCCUGGUUUCCUUCCUCUUCCCCUCCUGUGCAGCCAGCCUGGGAUUGGGGGCGGCGGGCGGGGGUGGGCAGGAGGUAUUGCACAGCCUUUGAACGAAUGAAUGAACGUUCUGGCAGAGCACAGCCUCUCUCUGUGGAGCUGAGCAGUUUUGCACCGCAGUAAACCUGUGACUUGAUUUUUUUUUCUGUGCUGCUUUCUUUGGGGAUUUUCCUUUUUUUUUUUAAGCCAAAGGCGCAGGACCAAGGAAGGACCUCAUCUACUGCAGUGAGUGCUUGGCUUCAUCUCAUUCAAGAGGAGAGGCGCCUUAUGCUGCCUCGCUGCUCUUUUGGGUCCAGGAAGGGCAGGGAGUCCGGGGAUAAGAUUUUUCGCUGCUCCUGAGCGCCACGGUCCGGUUUGCUACCCUGAGUUGUAACUCUGGAUAUCUACUCUGGCUGGCAAGGAGAGGUUUGCGGUCCAGGGGGAGCCGCACAUGAACCCUGCAGGAAUCUGGAGAGGUCCACAAGCGUUUUCCUGGCAGGUUUACAUCGUGUCCAUUGGAGGGAAUCGGCUCAGCUCGCCGUUUCCAGUCCUGCUGGUCUGAGGGCCCUCUUCCUUGGCUCUGGUGCUGGAUCGGCAUUGCCAAGAUGAUGCGAUUUUGGCCUUACUCCUGGUUUAGUUUUGGUUGCUGGACAGAAAGAACCCCGUCCCAUUUUUGGUGUGUGUGUGUGGAUUUCCAGUGAGGUGCUGGAAGCUAACGCCUCUGAGAAUGCAGGUACGGCUAGGUGUCCGUGGGUGUGUGUGUGUCUCUGAGCCCUACGGUGGCACUUCGGCCCCCUCUUCUGAUUAGUUGCUGUCCUUUGUGUUUGACCUGUGAAAGGUAUUUGGAAGGACAGAAUAGAGACCAACUUUCCAGGGCAAUUUUUCUUUCGAAAUCUCUGUAGCGAUUCUAAACAAACUGACCUCAUGACCUCUGUAGGUGUCCCCAAGUCCUGGAAACAGGCAAUUUCCUCCCAACUUGUGAUUUUUACCCUCCAGAUGUUUGCUGCUGUUUGUACCUGUUCCCCACUAUCAUGGGGGGGAUGACUUCUGAGUGAGAGAGGCUGUUUCUACAGAAGCAGUGAAACGCCCUCGCUUGGUAGACUUAGCAUUUUCCCCCAUUUUUUUCUAAAGCCUGACCUCCUGCUUUUCCUCUGGAUCACUUCCAGGGAACUUGUUUUUUUUUGAAAUGCUAGACAUCCCACUCCCCCCACCCACGACAAAUCAGCCAAACAUUUGUAUUUUGGGGCUGUUGACUUUUUUCCUGAAGCGCUGUCGUUUUAAGAUGGGUUGGUGAACAGUGUUAUGCUAGAUCUGGAGGCAGAACAGGGCUGGUUGAAAACAUUGAUGUCAAUAAAAGACUGUGCUCAAA